AUGGCCAUCGUCCGAGAGACACACGUCCCCCAGAAGACGCGUUUCCGAAAGCUCUACUAUUACAGAAAUGUCCCACUUCAAGAACCGACCACAUCGACGGGUGAGGAGGAAGUAAUUGUUCAAUCCAAUGGGCCAACAUCUCCCUCCUCUAGUAUCGGUGACAGCUUUUGGGUCGAUCUAUGGAACGCCCGUUCACCUUCCGAAAUUGACACUUCUUCUUCGGGGGGUCCGGGUAAUAUGGAAAGACUUUUAGGAAGAAGUAUCGUGGAAACCUCACUUAUCGAGAGUCCAACAGCGACAGAUUCCGACGAUACUCGCAUCGCCACUCCCGAUAGACGCUCUUCUGAACUAUCCUUGAGCUGCGUCCCGACUCUUCAAAUGACUACAGCUUGCCCGCAGCUACCCCCUGAUCUACUCAACUCCACCGUUCGUCGUCUUUUAUGGGACUACUUUGUCAACCGCGCAUCGCAGGUAUUCCUUUGCUGGGAACCAGAUGAUGCUCAUCUUGACAAGAAAUACACCGAUCCAUUUACAGACCAUCUUCCCGCAGUGGCCGCGGGAAGCCGCCCCAUGAUGCUCGCGUCACUCGCCCUGUCAGCAUUUCAUUUCGCUGGAGGCAGACACAACAGCGAGGACGACUCGUUGAUCACCUCGUUGAUGUCGGAGGCGUCCAAUGCCCUCGCAGCAUCACGCUGGCAGGGCCCUCAAACAUUUGGACAGCUUCUAGCCACCGUUGGCACGGCAUCUUUUCUCUACCUGUUGAAACCCAGCAGCUAUUCGGACAUGCUUCCUCUUGGUAGAAGCGCUGCAUGUUGUCUGACGGUGAAUCCUCGAUGGAGACAAAACGUGAACGAGCCUUGCUACCAAGUCAUAAUGCAGAUUUUUCGAUGGUCGGAUAUAUGUGCCCAAUGCUCUCUGAAGCGGUAUGUAUCUGUACCAGACGAGAACACACAGCUCAACCUUGAGCUGCGGGAGGGUGAGCGGGCUACCAACAUAUCUGCUUCUUACGCGGAAUGGUUUGUGCACCCGCUUUAUGCCUUUGCAGAAGACCUGAUUGCGCCACUGAGGCGAGUUGCUUGGCUAGCCCGACUACGGCAACAGGGACAUGUCGUCCCUACCGGAAUGACGGACGAGGCCGGGGCUCUCUGUAUGAGUUCCGACAAUCAGACUAUAGAAGCAACGGACUCAACCGCCGCUUUCACGAUUUCGACUGACCGCUUUAAAGCUCUCGUAGAAGAAUCUCAGGAAAUGAUUCAGGCAGCAAGUGGUAGGGUUGGGCCAGCCGGUGCGCAGCUAGACGCCCCGGACCUCCGGACAAAUCUCAAUCGUCUAGCGAUUGCUGUGGAGUCAGCCGUUGUUAUUCUCUUCUAUACGAGACUACGAGAUACACCAUGGACAAGCUCUCUGAUUCGCUUUCACGUUCGAAAAGUUGUCGAUAGCCUCUGCAAUAUUGCAGCCGGUUCCAGAUUUGCCAAUGGUGUUGUCUUCCCACUGUACAUUGCUGGCCUGGAGGCCGUCGAUACGGAUAUUCGGUCCAUGAUCAUUAACCAAAUCAAACAUCUCCCUGGUAUUUGGUCGCAGCAGGAAUCUCAGCUGGUUACUAGUCUUCAACAUGUUUGGGAGCUCAGAGAUGCGGAUCCCGGAGCGGUUUGGAGAUCCUGGAUACACAAAGGUAAUGCACCCGAUGAACGACCUCAAGGGUCUACAGAUUGUGAAACUCUGAAGUAUUGGACGGAUCACUGA